AUGCAUGAAAUGGUGAACAAUGACGAACAAUGGGGCCUAUUCAAUGUCGACAAGUUCUCAGUAAAGUCAAGCUUUUGGCCCUUGAUGAACGAAAAGUAUCCAAAUCCCCUUAUAUUUCUGUCCAACUCCUCCCCUUCUUCGCUUUGCUUCUGCUUUAAUCAAGUGGGCUGGACACGUUCAAGCCAGUUCGGUUGCGAUUUAAUUUUCCCAUUGCCCGACCGCCAGGUGGUCACUUAUCGCGUUAGUGCUUUUAACCGGCGCCGGAGCCAGCCCAAGGGUCCACUUCCCUCCCAGGCGCUGACUUCAGCUGCCAACGCAACUAACGCCUCGGCCUCGGCUCCACUAGCGAUUCCUCAUGUCCCUUUCGCCCCACCGGAUUUCCGCCUGUUCAAUAGGCCCCCCGCCAGCCCUACAGUCUCUUUAGAAUUGCCGACCACCUUGUCCCUUUGUCCCAGAGGGACCAGUCACAGGAGAUGUGUAGGUUGCCAAGAUAGCGUGUGUGCCUGCUUUUCGGCCAACCGUAACCCAAGCGACCAGCUCGUGCAGUCUGAAAUCUGCUCUUUUGACCACGCUGAACACGAGGUGACUGCAAAUGACGGAUGCUUCAUGUACAAUCCCGGCGGCUAUAAGCCCGACAUCAGAUUAUUGCCGCAAAGAAUUCCUUCUAUCGAGAUCCCUUCUACUGAUAACUCUGUGCCUAAUACAAUAUUUGGCAGUAGUCAUCUUUAUUAA